AUAUAAGUUCGGUGUUCUUGUAUGGAAGUCAUACAGUAUCGAGGUGGUCAUUUAGUCGAAAACACCAUUUUUUGUUUCCUCAAGCAAAUUAAAUACUUCAAUCAAAAUGUGCAAGACAAUUUUUUCUUAUUCAUUGUUUUUCUUCUUCGUUACAUUGGCAAUUACGAACCGACAAUUUGUUAGUGCUGCUCCUUAUUUUGAAGUCAGCUCAGAAGGUAAACUCACUGGACCAUUUGAUACUAGUAUAGGCGGUGCAUUCGCUUUAAAAGGUGGACAAAAUGGACAAGCUGCACAACCUGGAUUAGUACAAGGUGGUCAAGGGGGACCAAAUGGAUACCCUGCACCAGUAAACCCAUAUUGGUACCCAGUAUCAUGUGGUUAUGGUGGACCAUGUGGACAAAGUGGAUUCGGUGGACAAGGUGGACAAGCUGGAUUGAGUGUACAGGGUGGUCAAGGGGUACAAAAUGGGAUCAGUGGACCAGUUGUAUACGGUGGACCAAAUGGCCAAAGUGUAUUCGUUGAACAAAAUAGAUACCCUGGACCAGUUUUCCAAUAUACGUACCCUGGAUCAUGGGGAUACGUUGAACAAAACGGAUUCGGUGGACAAGGUGGACAAGCUGGAUUGAGUGUACAUGGUGGUCGAGGGGUACAAAAUGGGAUCAGUGGACCAGUUGUAUACGGUGGACCAAAUGGCCAAAGUGGAUUCGUUGACCAAAAUAGAUACCCUGGACCAGUUUUCCAAUAUACGUACCCUGGAUCAUGGGGAUACGUUGAACAAAACGGAUUCGGUGGACAAGGUGGACAAGCUGGAUUGAGUGUACAUGGUGGUCAAGGGGUACAAAAUGGGAUCAGGGGACCAGUUGUAUACGGUGGACCAAAUAGUCAAAGUGGAUUCGUUGAACAAAAUGGAUACCCUGGACCAGUUAUCCAAAGUGGUUUCGUUGCACAUAAUGAACACCCGAAACCAGUUAUACAAUAUGAAAACCCUGUACAAAAUGAAUUCCGUAUACAAAAUGAAUACACUAAACCAAAUGGCCAAAAGGGAUUCGGUGGAGCAGAUGGUCCAAAUGGCCAAAAUGGAACUUAUAUACAAAAUAAAUACACUGGACCAAAUGACCAAAAGGGAUUCGGUGGAGCAGAUGGUCCAAACGGCCAAAAUGAAACUUAUAUACAAAAUAAAUACACUGGACCAAAUGGCCAAAAGGGAUUCGGCGUGCAAAAUGAAUUCGUUGGACAAAUGGAUUCGGUAAACCAUGUGGAUACAGUGGAUCAGGCUUCCAAAAUAGAUUCGGUGGACCAGGUGGAUACAGUGGACCAGGUGGAUACAGUGGACCAGGUUUUCCAAAAUGAAGUCGGUAGACCAGGAAAAAAAUAAAGCAAAAACGCUUCACUCACCAUUUAAUUCACUAUACAUAUAAAUUGUAUGAAAACAUGGUCUAUAUUAAAAAAAACUCUACUAGUGGAUUGGCAAAUAUUAUUUUUUACUUUCCUUGAAAUUCGAUAUAGUUAUUUAAAAUAAACAAAUCUUAUCAAAAGUAGCCUUCAAAACCAACUCAUAUUCUGAUAAUAAAUGGUAAAUUUUAUAAAAUAAUUCUUCGUAUUCUAAUGCGUACAAUUUUGUGCCCAUUUUCACAUUCACAUUUCAAUUGGCUUCUUUUUAAAAGUUUUGUUAGGUAAUAGCCGAAUGAAAAGUUUUUAACAUUUUAAGUCUGAUUGUAAAAUAGCAUUUUUUGUAUGGCGAUAGCGGUAUUGUAAUUCAAUAAACUCGCAUAUGAA